AAAGUGAGAUGCUUCCAGUACGCUCUUAGAUGUUUCUCUAAAGUGUCUUUCCCUUUCAAUAUCCGCCAAAAAAUGUCAUCCUCAUCCAAUCCCACAAACCUAUAUCCAUUUCCCUUUUCUGAAUCAAACCUUAAGAUACCAAGCAAAAACUAUAGCCACACAAUGAGCCUUGGGACUCCAGAAACAUCACAAAACAAUGAAGAAAAAGGAGCAACAAUCGAACUUCAUGUUCAAGGAUUCUAUAAGCUCUAUGUUGAACUCUUUAAAGGGGUUCCACCUUUAACAACUGAAAAGGGUUUUAUUAUGUCACCAAAGUUUAGAUACAAGUUAAAGGUUCCUUUUUUCUUUCUCACAAAUUAUAAUGCUCAUUUUUGUGCCCUUUUUGUCUCUCAAAAAUUGGCAAAAUUACCCAUAAGUCUUGGUUUGGCUACAUAUAUAGAACCGCAUAUUGUUCAGAAUGUUAUUUCAUUGGGAAAAAGGAGUCUAGACAAGGAGUUUAAGGUUGUUUUUGAUGUUAAGGUUGUUGAAAUUGAUUUGGCAGAUAAUCGUGAGUGUGAUGGGUUUCGUAAACGUGGUCUCAUUUAGAAGGAUCAAGUUUUGAAGAUAGAUUGUAAACUGUGUUUGUGAGUUAGUGCUUCGGUAACCGAGACAAUAGAUUAUUUAUUGUUCACAAAUGCUUAAAAAUUACUUCAAAUUUUAACUAUGGUAUGCGAUAUUCAUCGAAAAUAGAAGUUGAUUUUUUUUAGUUUCGAAAAUAGAAGUUGUUCUUAGAAUUUUGAAGAAUUAAUCCAUAGUGUCCCACUUUAUAA